CUACAUACGUAGGUGUAAUGUCAAAAUGAUUUACAAUAUAAUCAAAAUAUGUACCUAUAAAUUGUGAUCGCAUUACCAGUAAUAAUAAUAGUUGUCAAAUUAGGUUUUCCAUGAUGGACCAAAAAGUAAUGUUGGUAUUAUGUAUUACGUUGUCAUGUUAUUUGAAAGCUACUUUGGCGCAAUGUAGCAAUGAAGAUAAAAAUGCUCCUUAUCCAACAGAUUGCACAAAGUUUUAUUUAUGCCCUGGAAACUUUGUAAUGUCCUGCGGACCUGGAACACACUUCAAUCCAAAAAUACUUGCUUGUGAUUGGCCUAGCAGAGCUGGCUGUAAAAGUGGAGGACCUGCAAAACCUCCAGGUUCACCUGAGAAGCCUCCUGGUCCACAGGAUACUCCUCCACGCCCACCUUCAGCCGGUCAACCUGGAAAACCUUCUGGCCAACCUCCAGGUUCAUCUGAAAAGCGUCCUGGUCCACUUGGUACUCCUCCAGGCUCACCACCAGUUCCACAAGAAAAGUAUCCAGUAGCUCCUCCAGUUCUACCUGGUAAGUCUACAGACCCACCUGGAAAACCUCCUGGCCAACCUCCAGGUCCAAAUAAUAAGCCUCCAGGUCCACCUGUAAAACCUCCUAGUGUCCCGGGUACUCUUCCAGGCUCACCUCCAGGUCCAUCAGGAAAACUUCCAGAACCUCAACCAAGUCCACCUGGUAAGCCUACAGGCCCAGCUGGAAAACCGCCUAGCCAACAUCCAAGUCCACCUGGAAAGUCUCAAAGUCCACCUGAAAAGCCUCAAGGUCCACCUGGAAAGCCUCCUAGUCCACCGGAUACUCGUCCAGCCCCACCUCCUGGUCCAACUGCUACACCACCACCGAUAUAAAAUCUACAAGUAGGUACUCUACACAGAAUGGAACUUUCUGCACUAGAUAAGGGGCGUCUAAUAUUUAUAUUUAAGAAAUUGGCAUUUUAAUUCCUUACCGAUGCUUUUUAUGAAUAUUGUAACAAAGCUGUAUUAAUAUUUUAUCAAUAAAACUUGGGACUUGGCAA